AUGGUUCCUCAAAGAUCUCUUUUGGCCGAUGACCGAGUGAAACUGUUCAUCACUCAUGGAGGGCUCGGAAGCACGAUGGAACUGGCGUAUGCCGCGAAACCGGCCAUAGUGGUAGGGUGUCUCGAAAGGUGCUGAACUACAGUAUUAUUCCCUUUCAGAUCCCUCUCAUUGCCGAGCAACCGGACAAUGGGAACAUGUUGGCAAGGCAUGGGAGUGUGGAGGUCUAUUCGAAGUACGACAUUCCCGAUUGGAAGAAACUGAACAGUCUCCUCCACAAGAUGCUUCGCACGAACUCCUAUCAGAAAUCUGCCAAUCGGCUUGCUCACGUGCUCGCUCAUCCGCCAAUCCAACCGAGGGAACUGAUGUUGAAGCACGCUGAGAUGGCUGCUCGGUUCGGGAAGAUGCCCGAACUGACUCCGACCGCUCAAAACAUGGGAAUCAUUGAGUUCUACAACUUGGAUCUCAUUGCGGUUUUUGUCUUUAUUCCCACAUUCUGUUGGUGGAUUUUCUUCCACAGGUUUUCUAGAAAAGGCUGAGAACUGAAAACCCGGCAGUUGGUUUCUCUAUUUGCCUGCUGAUCGUAUCGUCUAAUAUUGUAAUGGAUCUUUGGAAACUAUUUUAGUGCGUAACUUCUUCACAUGUCUGGGUUCUUUCGUUAUCAAUAUCAUCACAGUGAUAAGAUGGUCUCAACUCUGCAGACAACCCUUUGACAGCAUGAUGAAUAAACUGCUCUUUAUUUUCUCUGUAUUUCUCUCAAUUCAGUUGACUAAUGGAUACAAUUUCCUCAUUAUUUCCCCAGUUUACGGGUUCAGUCACAUGAAAUGCAUGGCUGCUAUGGCUAAUCAAUUGGCUGAUGCCGGUCAUGAAGUGGUAACAAUUGAACGUAUGUUUUGGGAAUGUAUUUUGAAUUAUUUCAGACUUAUUUCCAACCAUUUGUGGUAGACCUUUACAAAGAUCACGGGCUGAUUAAGAAUCAGAGAGUCGAAGUGAUUGACUAUUUCCAUGACGAAGAGGGUCUGAAGAACAUGCCAAGUCACUCCGUGCUCAACGAUGCAUGGUACUCUGUCAAAUAUCAAUCGGACAUUGGAAUCAGAAUACUUGUCCCACGGGUUCUUCACAGUUCAUUCGAACAUAUGUGCAGAAGUAGGAGAGAUAUUAAUCUUUCCGAAAUUCUUCGCGUUUUUUUGUUCAGAAAUGUUCGAAGACAAGCAACUGCAUCAAUUGCUGAAAAGCAAAAAGUUCGACGCGGUCAUCUCUGAAACGUUCGACUUUUGUGGUCUAUGUGAGAAGAGUCGGAUUUUAUGGGGGACCAAUGUGUUGUUUCAGACCUUGCCGAUUAUUUGGAGAUGCCUGCAAUCAUCUCGACAUUCACUGGAAGCAAGCUGAACGCGAUCACGAAUGCGCUCGGCGAGCCCUCUUUUCUGCACUAUUUCCCCGGUUAAUCAUUUCAAAUGGCUCACAAUGUAAUUGUCAUCAAUUCCAGCCCCAUCUUCUCACAUCGGACCGGAAAUGUCACUUAUUGACCGUUUGAGCAAUCUGUGGCACAAAGUGCACUCUUCCGCGGCGUUUGGAGACUUGUUCGAUAGACAGCAUGCUUCUGUGAACGAGCUUACCGGCGGCAAAGUGAGACAUUGGACCAAGAUUCUCAACGAUGUCACCUAUCAUUUCUCCAAUUCGAACCCCUAUCUUGAUUUUGUCAGUCCGACUAUAUCUAAAGUGGUUCCUAUUGGUGGCUACACAAUGGACUACGCAGAAGUUCCGAAAGUUUCCAAGGUUUCAAUAUUCACUGUUAUUACACUAAUUCUGUUGCUUCAGGAGUUGGACCAAAUGCUGAGCCUCAGAAAGUUUACCGUUUUUAUAUCUUACGGGUCGAUGGUGGCCUCCAGAAACAUGCCGGAUGAUUACAAAAAAGCCAUGAUCAACCUGUUUGUACACAAUCCGAACGUGACAUUUUUAUGGAAGUACGAAGACCCGGAGGAGGAGUUUAUCAAGAAGAACAUUCCGGAAAAUGUGCACUUGGCCAAGUGGUUCCCCCAGCAAUCACUUUUGGGUGAGCAUCACGAAACUAUAAAGUGCACAUUGUAGUUUUGCAGCUGAUAAGCGCGUCAAUCUGUUCAUCACGCAUGGAGGACUGGGAAGUACGAUGGAGUUGGCAUAUGCUGCCAAACCGGCGAUUGUGGUAGUGAACUGAAAUAAUCCACAGAAGACUUGGACCCAAUUUCAGACGCCGUUGUUUGCCGAUCAACCAAACAACGCUCAAAUGUUGGAAAGGCAUGGAUGCGUCGAAGUUUAUUCGAAGCAUGAUAUUCCAAACUGGAAGAAGCACAGCGAUCUGUUGAGGAAAAUGUUGACUGACAAUAGGUACAGUUAUUGUGUUCUUCCAAGUGUUGGUAACACCAUGCAUUUCUAGCUAUCAAAAAGCAGCAGUCCGUUUGGCCGAAGUUCUGAACCAUCAGCCAAUCAGUCCCCGAGAGCUGGUCGUGAAAUAUGCGGAGAGUGCUGCUCGAUUCGGAAAAAUGCCCUCGUUGACUCCGUUUGCCAAAGAUUUGGGACUUGUGGAGUUCUACAACCUGGAUAUCGCCUGUUACACUGGAAUAUUCCUUUUAUUGUCAGUCUAUGGAGCGAUUGGGACCAUCGGAUAUUUGAGGAAACGGAUUUGGAUUCGAGAAAAGAAGACAAAUUAG